AGACAGUUACUCGGCUUCAUAAUGUAUUCGUAUUUUCAUGCAGUGAUCUGACGUCUGUAAUUCAGAGUACGCGCAAACGCAUUCAUUCUCUGGCGAAUCUUUUGUGCGUUGUUUAUACAAAGUGAAUUAAUGAAUGUGAGCGCGAUGAAGUUGAAGUUAAACAACGAGGUAAGAGGCUCUGUCAGCUUGCUUCAUAAACCGCCUGUUUCUUCUGUAAAGGAGGAAAGGCGUCGUACUGGCAGAUACAUAGCAAUCCUUGUUGGAAUUUGUCUUCUGUUGCUGGCCAUCUACCAAGCUUGGGUUCGACGAAUUCCUGUGAUAGCAAGUUUAGUAGUUCCGGCUCUUAUCAUGUUCAUUUAUGUCGGAUGGGUCUUAUACACAGCUUCAAGGGACAAAAAACGGUUGCUGGAUGCUGAAGCCGCAUUAAACGCUGCAGCCAUGGAAACAAUUGACAACAUUUCUAGUUCAGACACUUCUCAUAACAACAUCGAGAUAUGUUUAAUAUCUAGUAAAGAAAGCUCCAAGCCAUCAACCCCUGAUGAGAGCACAAAGGCAUGGAUAGAUCCAUUUAAUAAAUGGGAUAAGAAACGAAAUCAAAAUACCAUCGUAAAGCCUAUAAUAUUACUCAACGAUCAACCUAUUGAAGAUGUUGACGAGAAAUGGGCGCAAGUUUUAGAUAAUUUGUACAGCAAUGAUAAAUUAAAAACUUACCAGAGGCGGAAACGGUUUAGAAGAAGAUUCUGCAGGCGAAAGCGGUUUGCAGCAUUUAAGAGAUCCUAUUCCAUUGGUUAGCUAGUAAUAAAAUAUACAAAUUUUUAAAAAUAAAAUAAAAGAUAACCAUUUCUAAGUAGAUACUAAAUGUGUAAUUGAAAAACACAAAAAUUUCUUGGUCCCACCUAUGUAUUGCGUCGUAGUUAAAAUUAUAGUUGUUCAGUAUACUUACCGUACAAAUUAAUUUAAAGCCAAUUUGAAAGUUUGUGUUAUAUCAUUUGUUUUUAUAUUGUUAUCCUACGUUACUACUAAUAAAGGUCAUAGUUCAUUAGACCCAUCCGGCAUCGCACCAGCAACGUGGAUGCCGCAUUGUCAAACAUAAUGAAUCAGAGAUUUAAAACGGACCAAUUGUCACUGCGAAGAGGCGCCUAAACUCUCGGUAUUAUAUAUAUAGUAUGUAUAGUUUGAAUGAGUCUGUCAAUGACAUCUGAAUCCUCGCAUCACGCAGCAGACAUCGUUUUUACCAUUUGUACUCAUGCAAAAUGAUUGUCUAUUCAUGUACGUUCACCUCGUCCUAAGAAAAUACAGAUGUCUUAUAGGAAAAACUAUAUUUUACUUCAUACAUAUGGGCUGUUUUAUAUGACCAAAUUCACUCUCUAAUUGUAUUGUCUUGGUUUGUGAACUGAAAUUUAUCAAAAGAGGAUAUACUAUGAUCGAUGUUUAAGAAAUAGAAAUCGACGAAUCGGUGUUGCCAAAUACACGCCCGAGCGUCGUAUAAAUAGACGAUCCGUGUUAGUAGGAAACGAGGCAAUUAGACUAGAUAGGCGUUCCGGUGACGCUAAGCAGUUGAUGUUGCGUGUGCACAUCCAUACAAAAAAAUGCAAAGAAUAAUAACCGCACGCGGCGAGACAGUGCGGGGUGGAUCUAGUGAGAUACGACCUUAAGGCACUUAAUAUUCUGAUGUUGAAUCUCGUUAAGUACACAAAGUCAGACUAUGCUAGAUUAUAUGGUUUUGUUUUAUAUACUUGUUAGUUUUCUUUUGUAAUACUGUCACGUAAAGUUUAUAUUUGAUGAACCUACGUGGGUUUGAUACGACAGUGCAAAUACAAAGUAACUUUAUAUUGUAA